AUGGGUACAGACAGACUUUCUGGCCGCACGAGUAACCGACGAUUAACAUAUCUUCAAACUGAAUAUAAUAAAGGAUACAAAGAAUUAAUCAAAGAGAGAUAUAUAUUCUUUGUUGCACCUACUUCAAGAGCUCAAGCACAAAGAACGGUUAUCGGCUUUCGAGUAGUUCCAGAACAAGAAGCCAUGAGAAUCAAUCAGAAUAAUAUGAUACAAAGAGAUGCCUUGAUCGGACCGACUGAAAGAAGACUCACUCAAUUAGGAAUUGGCUUACGUUUAACAAGAGUCCCUGGUAACUGGGAGAAUCUUCCAGAAAUAAACAACUGGUUUUGUGUUGUCGAAGCGAAUACUGAUGGGAUUAGAGAGGCGCGCAAAAUAUACAUCCCAGAAUAUUACCAUAAGGUAUAUUGGGGUACAAUGCGUGUCCCCAUACAACUAUGGUUCGGAGACGAAGAGUAUAUUGUGGAUUAUAUCUUCGAAGAAGAUCCAACAUUCCCCCAACCCGAGAGAGUGCUACGCUUCGCAUGGAUCGCAGAUUUCGGUUUUGAUUUACAGAUGCUCAUUCCAAGGGACAUGGUAAAUGACCCGGAGUUGGGUUUAUGGUCUAGAUGCUAUGAUUCACUGCAAGCGCUGGAAGCAUAUGCGGCUGAAACAUAUGAUUGGGAGGAGUGGGAUAUUGAAGGAGAAAUUGACUACCCGAGCGUUGAAACUUGGGGGGCAAAUGAUGCUUGA